AUGCUCCACUGGCUUGUGGGCUUGACUGAACUGGGAUAUAUUGGGAUCAUUAUUGAGUACGUUAAGAGCAUUUUGAAGGAGUUUAACAAGGAUGUCUCACAGACUUCAGCUGCCCUUGACAUCACUGAGAAACCAUACACUCUGGAAGCUUCCCAUGUCGCCGGUACCCUGACUGAGGCGUGUCACUACGCGGCGAACGUUCUAUACAGGAUUAAACACAAGGACAAUUCGAAAGUUGUCCCAAUGCCUGACUUCAGCUCAGAAUAUUCCAAGUUUCGUUAUUCCACCGACCCCGCCUGCCUCCUCUGCCAUCUGCGGGACUACGUCUACGCCUGCUACCACCAGUUGGCGUUCCUAAGGUCACAGUGUUCUCGAGUCUGCCAGCAGGGUGGUUGGCAGGAUUGUCCGUACGGCCGUGAUGCCAAGAUGUCUCCCCUCCAGGCCUUCCUGACGGACGCCCCCGACUCCAAGUUCGAGACGCAUCCCUUCGACCCCUGCAACAUCUGCCUCAAGAGCCGUGUCAACAUGGGAUUCACAAAGGAUGAUUUGCCUACACCUAACGAAACUGGCAGCCAUAUUCACACCAUCCUCACUCCCAGCUGCGGCGGCGACGACCCUUUGCUUAUAUUAUGUUCUUAUCUCAACUGCCUCACCAGGCGGACGCCGCGCACCACCGGGGAGCUUGUCUCCUUCUUCCACAAUUUCGGGAAUGAGCUGCAAGCAUCUUCACAGUUAUCCAGGCUGGGCUCUGCCCUCUCCAAGUCACAUGACGACUGCCCCGACUGGGACCGCCUUGGUGACGCCGACCUCAAUGCAAUCAAGGACGUCCGGGGCUCCGGUACUCCCAACUCCAACCACAACAAUGGCCAUCCCAAGACACUGUCCACAUUGCUUGGCUGCGGCAUCACUAAUGUGAACUGCCCACAGCAUAUGAAGCCCAUCACCUAUCGGGCCUACGCCCUGUACUCCACGGCGUUCGUCCACCACUACCUCAGCUGGGUGGCCUACCUAUCUGACAGACUCUGGGAGUCGCUGGAAAAGCUGAGUAUAGACAUGAAGAAGCAUUAUGGUACCAAGUGUUUAUCACUCCACCAGUGCCCCGAAGCCCUGCCCCUCCUCUACACUCACGGGUUCACUGCACCAGAAGGGACACUACAAUCACGAAUCUCCUGUUCCAAGGUCAGCGCUAAGUUGGAGGCAGUGGUCUCCGGAAAGCCUAUCGCAGACCUUAUUACCUGCAUGGACAAUUUCCUCAUCGGCAUCCGUGCUCCCUUCCUCUUUGCCAUCACAACGCUCUGGCUCAUCGCCACGCUCUACAUCGCCCACUCACUCCUCUACCGCAUCGACGUUCUGCGCAUCCGCUCCCACCUCACCACCAGGGCCUCACACCUCAUCGACGUCAAGGCGCUGCUCGCCGGCAGCCGCAGGAUGCUCUCACUCUACAAGGACGUCGACUACUUCGACGACGACUUUCACUCGUGA